CAAGACCUUCGGAGUUUAAAGGAAAGACCCAAUCUUGAAAGCGAUGGAUUUACGUGGGUUUCCGGAAGGCAUGUUGCAGGAAUCGAAGACUUGGACGAAUUAUCAGAAGAGCAUAAUGAUGCCUUGGAUGACGACUCGAUUGAACUUGUAAAAGAGUUGACAGGAGCAAAAUUAGCAUUAUCCUAUGAGGGCCGAGGCUCUUUUUAGAGAUCACAACUCACCGGAAACACCAAAACCACUUCCAGUAAUUCACUCUGAUCUGUCACCAACAGGGGCCGAAUUUACAAAACGCGAAGCCCAAGAAGCUCUUUUGGCGUCAGAGGAUCCAGAACACGUUGCAUUUGGAAAACAAAUGAGCGAGAAACACGUUCUGAUCGUAAACACCUGGAAGCCUCUUCAUACGGUUCGAGACAAUCAUCUUGGGUUUUGUAAAUGGAAUUCGCUUUCUAAAGAAGACGCUAUCAAGUCGACAAUUACAAUAACAGAUUCCGAAACUGCACUUCAGCCAUGGAGGUAUAGAAAAGGUCAAGAAUGGUUUUACUUGAGUCAACAAGAAAAAGACGAGGUGUAUGUUUUCAUGCAACAUGACAGUAGGGCUGGACACGGAAUCAAUGUACCUCAUGCAUCAUUUACUUUCAAAGAAGAUCGAAACAAACCAUCUACAAGAAUGAGUUUUGAGUCGGUAAUAAUUGCACUUGUUGAAUGAUUUUGGCAUU